AUGGCCCAGUGCCCGCCGCCCGCCGCCGCCGCCGCCCCCUGGGGCCUCCCCGCGGGCUGGCGCCCCGCGCCGCCGUCGCCCUCGGCUCCCGGGCCGCUCCCCGGGGCCGCGCGUCGCGCCCCGACGGCCCCGGGCCGAGCGCGCCCCGCGCCCCGCGGCGGCCAGAGGCGCAGCGCCAGCGAGCGCGAGAAGCUGCGCAUGCGCACGCUGGCCCGCGCGCUGCUCCGGCUGCGCCGCUUCUUGCCGCCGUCCGUGGCGCCCGCCGGCCGGAGCCUCACCAAGAUCGAGACGCUGCGCCUGGCCAUCCGCUACAUCGGCCACCUGUCGGCCCUGCUGGGCCUGGGCGACGCGCGGCUGCAGCAGCGGCAGCGGCAGCAGCAGCAGCAGCGGCGGCGGCGGCGGCGGGCCAGCCCCGGGGGCUGCCCGCUGUGCCCCGACGUCCCCGCCCGGGCCGCCUGGGAGUGUCCGGCCGCCGGCCCGCGGGCCCUGGCGUCGCCCGCCGCCCCGACUCUCCGCGCGGAGGCCGUUCGGCCCGACGGACCGUCCGCGGAACCGGGUCCCUCGUCCACGCCCCUGCCCGGAGACGUGCUGGCCCUGCUGGAAAGCUGGACGGCCCUGGAGUGGCCGCCCGCCUGA